AUGAGUCCCAACGCCAAUCUCACUAUUGGAACCACCAUCCAAGGCAACAAUCUCAACACGAAUAGUGACUGUCCAAGUGGAACCAAAUAUACGACCACCUUUUUAUGCUCGCCAACUAUUUCAACAUACUUUUGUUACGAGAGUCCUGCCUGUUCCUAUCACUGCGUCUUCCAUUCUCCAUCUGCUUGUCCAACCAAAGUUGUUUUGGGUGAGUCUACCUAUGCCACCAACCCCAACAUCGUUCGUAACUGCAGUACCAAGCCAGAAACAUCUCAAGUCACAUGCAAUCUCUUAAACACUGGUACAUCGACUGCCAACAACGUUGCCCUCUACUUUAUCUAUGGCUCGCCCAUCUAUAGAUACAACGGUUCCUUUGUACCUGUCUCGUCCAAUGUGUGGCAAUCGGUCACACCCAUCCAACCAGGACAAUCCGUCACCUUGGAGUACGUACUUGGCUCCUCCCAACCCUACACAAACUUUAUUGUCAUUGACUAUAAUAAUAGAAACAGUUCGUCGUCGGAAUCUCCAUCGUCAUCUUCAUCAUCAUCUGAAGGUUAUGAAGUUGUAUGUAAAUUAAAAUCGGGUGGUCUCCAAGUUACCUAUGGCGGUUCACAACCAAUCAACUGUACCACCCAAGGUCUCAGUUCAUGUUCAUCAAACAACUCCAAUUAUCAAUGUGAGUCGCUCUCCUCUGUUGGAUCGACCAGAUGUGUCGCACCCAAAUACAUAGUUUGUAGGGGAGACAAUUUAGUUUGUAGAGUAGCUGGUAUGAGUUGCCAAUAUUAUUAUAAAAGUAUUGUAGUAUUACAAUCAUUUUAA